AUGUCUUCGGUACCCCCUGGAGGCCUGCUCCUCGAUACUGGCGCCAAUGGCUAUCUAGCCAGCGUCACCAUCCAAGUCUUCCUGCAGCACGGCUAUCGUUUUCUUGGUACAGUCUGCUCCGCCCAGCCCAAUGCCUGGAUGAAGGCGUACUUCGGCUCCAAGUUCGAGCUCGUCGAGGACAAUGUGACAUAA